AUGGUAUCUUCUUCCCAAACCCAUUUGGCCUUUCCGACAUUCAAUACCGUGUCUUGCAGCAUACUAUCAUCGUUUUUGAACACCAUCCUGAUUCAAUACCGUUCAAUCAUGUCUUCCAAAAAUUCUUCACGAGAAAGGAGCUGUGAAAGCGAAGUUCGUAGCACAAGAUCGACACCUGGAAGAGACACUCGAAGUCCUUCACCCCUCGCACAAAAUUCGAAUGAACUCCCAGACAUUAUGAGGUCACGGAUUUUAGCCAGCCCAAAAGAGUCCGAUGCAGAAUGCUGGGAAAGAAUGUUGGCAUUGCAGAAGGAAUAUCAUUGUUAUCAAUCUGCAAGAUUGGAAGCUGCUGUAGAAGCUUUGGAAAAUGGUUGGCUUCUUGAGGAUGUCCCUAGACCAUCUCGACUUUGCUUGGAUCUCAUCAACGAUGGUUUGAAAGCUCAAAUUCAGACAUUUGACACUUUUCGAGGAGAUUGA